UUGACACAUAAAACUGUCAUUAUGCGUUCAUGCUUACCAGAUUUUUUGAUAACCUGACCGCCGAAGUGUGUCAGACGAAUUUUAUAGCGCGUGACGUUCAGUGGAAUGUUUACCUUUUGCUUUUAUUUGGUGUUAGCUGACCGCUGUGUGUGUAUUUUUCAUUGAAGGAUCUUAAGCCGGUUUAUUUGCUGUUUGAAUUGUUAGAUUUGUGAAAAUGGCGGAAGAUACCCAAGAAAACGAAGAGGAAUGGAUUCCGAUCCGACUUCGGGAGGAUGAGGAAAUGGAUUUCUUUACAGAACUUGCUUUGCACGAAGCGGAACGGUGGAUACAGGCUGUAACAAGAAAGAAGUUUGAGUAUGCUGAAGAUUUUAGGAAGUCUCUUGGAAAUGGAGUUCUGUUGUGCGAGUUGUUAAAUUGCUUGAAGCCAGGCAGUGUAAAAAGAAUUAACAAACUCCCAGGAGCUAUUGCUGGUCUGGAUAAUAUAAAUGUAUUCCUGACUGCAUGCGAGAAAAACUUUGGCCUAAACAAGACACAGUUGUUUGACCCAACUGACCUUGAAGAUUUGUCGAAUAGAGCCAUUUCUGAUGAAUCAAGCAAUGGAGGAAAUGAAUUUUUCCUGAAACAGGAAGUUGAUAGGAGAGCAAUAAAUGUUGCUGUGACUGUGUACUGGCUUGGUAGAACAGUAGCAGGAAAAUAUAAGGGACCAGAGCUUGAUGCGAGUGCCUUUGGAGCUCUUGUUCAUAGUCAUGGGAAUAAGAACAUAAUUUCAGAGGAUUCUUUUAAAAAUGGAAGUCCGCUAACAAAGGAUAAUCAUAAACAUAUUCGUGAUAGUUCUUAUGAUUCACUUGGAUCUUACGAACGUGAGUCUGAGUCAAGUUUUGAUGAGUUAGAUAGCAGUGGUACUAUGCCAGUACGUUCAGACAUGCGGGAAAUGAGAAGAUACGGGAGCGCUAGCUCGCUGUCCAUGCCGCGUGAUCUUAGACUGUCAACAGCUAGUGGCGAGUCUAUGUAUUCUGACGAUAAACAUGAUGGUAUGUAUGUAAGUUCGCCUGACCUCUCUCAGGGGUCACAUGCUCAUACAAGAUCAUCAUCAACUGACAGUAUGGAAGGAAAUUAUUACGGUAACCAUUCCCGACAGUCGUCUGGAAGUACGGACAAUUAUGCAACAAGACGGUCUGGUUCUUCUAGCAGUGCCAGGAAAACAAGUACGUCUGCACCAGAUCCAUUACAGUUUGUGAAACUGAAAGGUGCUGCCGACUUGGCUGCACAAGCAAAGAAGCAGAUGGAAGUAGCAAAGGAGGUGAACAUGAUGCGUGGCAAGGUUGACAGUGUCGGCAGCAAUGAAGAACCAGACUGGCAGUCAAAUUUUAACAACUGGAAGUCACGACGUAAAUCCACACAUGCUCGAUUAGAGAGUGAUACAUUAGAUGAAGAAGAAGAGAAAAGGCCACAGAAAACAUUCAGUCAGAUAAUGGCAGAAAAAGAAAAGAGAAGAAGUGUGGGACCAAUGAGUUUGUACCCUACAGAGGAUGAGGACAUUAAGAUGGAGAAGAAGGAUAAGAGACGUAGCCUUGGAGCCAUGAACUUCUACCCACUGGAGGAUGAUGACAGUGGUAUAGGGGUAAAAACUCGAGAAUCACACAUAUCCAAGACCAACAGCCAAAAACAGGAAUCAAAACCAAAGAACAAGUCAAAAGCAGAUGUAGCACCAUGGGCACAUGAUUCCAGUGGUGAGGAUAACAGCCAAUCAGAUUCCGAGACUAAUAAUAGCCACCAAUCAGGUGAUACGGACAGUGUGUUUUCUGACAAAUCAACACCCAGCAAAGUUUUGAGUGAUGAUGAUUCUUGGGUGAAAAAUAAACAGUCUGCCCAGACAGUUUCUAGCAAACUAACCCCGCCAGUGAGAACACAGAGGUCGUUAGGAGAUAGUAUGAAAAUAUGGGAAAACAGUGCAAACGAAUCUCAGAAAAAAGAUGAUAAAAAAGUCAAAGAUCUUCCAGCUAAUAGUGCUAAAAUUAGGAAUAUAACUCAAGCAUUUGAACAGAAGGAUAAAGAAGCUAAUGCAACACCUGUGGUAACAAAACGUUCAGAAUUUAGUCGUUCUUCUCUUUCUAAAUCGUUGGAUUUAACAGAUAGUUAUUCAAAACCUUAUUCACCGCUUGAAAAGAAACCACCAUCGCCUCUUUCACCGACGGCACCUAAAGCGUUAACUCCACGGGAUCAGAGGUUCUCCCAAAACUUCAGUCCAGUCGGAAGUCCCGCUACGAACAGUGCGGAUAAGAAGUUUACAGAGAAGACAAUUAAAAUCAACCAGAAACCAAACAAUGAUAAGGGUUUUGGAUUCUUCCUGGUUGGAGGGUGUGAAAAGAGACAGCCUGUCACAGUACAGAGGGUUUCUCUGGGUAGUGCUGCUGAUGUAUGUGAAGUUGAGGCAAACGAUGAACUCCUCUCUGUAAAUGGUAGAGAUGUUACGUCCUUGACCUUGGCCCAGGUACAGGGCAUGGUGGAUCACAGUGUGAAAAGAGGGCAGAUUGAACUAAGAAUCAAGAGAUAUAUACAAGAAGAGGGUUAUGAUUCAAUGGAAGAGAGUGCAUUUACUGACAAGGCCAGUAUAAACAACAACAACAAGACAGAUCACUUAAAUGAAACCAGCCACUAUAAACCUGCACUACAGAUGUCAACAAGGACAGAGGAGAAGCCACGCUUGAUGGAUCAACUUAUAGGAGAGCAACAAAGGGAGGCUAAUAAUAAUGAGAGAAACAAGAGAGCACCUAGUCCAGUAGCAGCAGAAAGUUUCACAGCAGACGUUAGAAUUCUUGCCCAGUCUGCACCAGCGCAGCAGUCAACACCAGCGCAGCAGACGACACCAGUGAAGCAGACGCCAAGUCCAACUCAGGAUAUGAGUGCACCACAGGAUGUCACACUGACAGAAGAGAGGUCCACCAUCUCUGUGAGGAAAUCCCCUGCAAGUACAACCCCUAAACCAGAUGAGCCACCUGUUCAGAUGCAAUAUUCAAGAACCCCUGUGAAACAAGACUCACCCCCACCUCCAACACCACCUAAAACAGAACUUCCACCGUUAGCCAAGUAUACAGAAAGCCCAGGGGUGACCACUAGCGAUGACUCCUCAGGAUUUGGUCCACCAGCUGCUCUGUUGAGAUGGCAACGCCCACGUGCUAAAUCAGAGUACCAGAACCCAUUUUCAAUGUCGGCAGCGGAGAACCAGCCAUCAGACAGAACAAAACGAUUGAGUGCUACCUUACCUUUUAAAUCGGAUAACACAUUUUCAUUGGACAAAGAUUAUAGUAAGGAUGAUUCCAUGAUGGACAAAGUGUCUAGAGACUUUGUAGAGUCGGUGUCUGUGUCAAAACCAGUGGAAUCAAAGCCAAAUGCUUAUCAGUUCAAUGAUGCCACACGUAUUGAAGAUUGGCAGAAGAAGCAGGACCUGCAGAGACUGCCUGACCAGCAUUCCAGUACCCCACCCAUUGAACUUAACAUACACCGAGAGGAGAAUUUAACAGCACAGUCUGCCGCCCCUGCUCGGAAACAAGCGCAGGUUGAUGCGCCUAACUUGAUGGAAAUAAAUAUACCCAAUUACAGCGACCCGCCGCCGCUGUCACCACAGGAAAAGUUUGAGCGGGAUCAGCAGAGAAUUCGUCAGCAAUAUGAGGAGGAAAAGAGAAGAGCCCGUGAAGCUGAAAAGCAGAAACAAGAGCAGGAACAGCAAACAUUGAAUUCAGACAAGUUUCUUAGGGAUAUGGAGUCACAGAUACUUCAGACAAAACAUGAAGCAGCCAGUCAGAACCUGAUUGACAAUGAACCAAUCAGAGCCACUGGCACACAGUCAGGUUACAACUCUCAGCCAAUGACAAUAAGGCUUCCAGCAAAUUCUCAGGGAAGGCAACUUGUCAUUGAUCCAAGAAAUCAAGAAGGCAAAAGUGAUAAUAUGUUACCAGAGUAUAGUUUUAGAGUGGACCUUCCUAGGACAGAUUCUGCUCCGCCACUACGCACUUUCAAUCAGCCAGAACUGAAUCCUGAGGAGAUACUGGCUAAGGAGAGAGAGAAAAUCCGAGAGGAGGAGAAACGAAAGUUUGAGCAGGAACAACAAAGAUGGAAGGAAGAAAAAGAAAGAGAACUGAGAGAGCAACAGGAAUUGAUUGAACGAGAAAGAGAACAAUUACAACGUGAACAAGAGAGAGUGGAGAGAGAGAAGGCCAUGUUGGAACAGAAAGUGAGACAGGAGGAGAGCUAUUCCUCACGCUAUCAGCCGGUCAAUAGUCACUUGCGAAGUUCAGCUGGAAGUUCAGGAUCAUCAUUAUCACAGUCUCCUAGAUCUCCGCCCCCUGCUCUCGACCCAAAAUAUCGAGAAACACAGUCAAAAAAGGCUCCACCUCCAACUGCUCCAAAGCCUGAUCGAGCAUCCACAAAGGCUCGGCUGACACGAGAGGAUUUGUUAGCAAUGAAUCGCAAAGCGACACCUUUAACUCGUCCAGAUCCAUCAGUGGAGACAACAGUUUCUGGUGAUUCACACGAUAACAGUUUAUCUCCGGCCACACGGGAAGCUCCGUCAAAAGGAGAGUUGCAUUCAUUAAAUGCUGUGCCAAAACCGAAAUUCCACAGUUCAGCUGCUUGGAUUAAGGAUAGGGAUGCUGAAAAUAAUACGCAAAGUGAAAAACCAUUUGUGAUAGGUAAAAGAUCAGAUCUUAUUCAUCAAAGAGACUAUUCAAAUCCAUCUGACCACUGGUUGGUUCGUGAGGCUGAGAAACGUAGACUUGCAGAAAAGUCAGAUUACGCAAAUAUAGAAAGUGUAACUGCUCAUGCAGGACCAACCAAACCCAGUCAAAGUUCUCUAGUUAGUCGAUUCAGGGGAGAUAUUGAACCCCCACCGAGAAGUAACAGAUAUUCAUACCCAUCUUCCUAUAAUUCUGAUUCACGUCUUUCACCGACAUCUAGACCGCUGUCAGCUACUGGAUCUAGUUUAAACCAGUAUAACCGCAGUCCAGAACAAACAGUUACACAAUUCAGUGCAAAGACUUCACCUAGUACUUUUGCCAGUAACCCAUCAUUAACACAAACUUUACCACCAAACUUUAGUUUUAAUGCAAAUGUUCGGAAUCAAGACAGCAUGCCAACAAAGCCGCCAAGAUCUUUGACCGAUGACUCUGGUCCGGUGAUAGCUGUCAGUGGUAAACAGAAGUGUUCUCACUGUGGAGAGGAACUAGGCUUCGGUGCGGCUAUGGUGAUUGAGUCCCUCAGUUUGUACUAUCAUGUACAGUGUUUCCGUUGCUGUGUAUGCCGUAUGCCGCUAGGUAACGGGUCCGAGGGCACGGACGUUAGAGUACGAGUCAACAAGUUACAUUGUAGAAAUUGUUACAGUAAUGAUGAAGGUAGUGUUAUAGAAUACUGGGGAGUAUUCUGACAAGGGAGAUAAUUCAAGCCAUGCCACUUGUUUCCAAUGUAUAGCUGGUUUAAAGUUCAGCAAAGUGUGAUAAUAAAUUCCAUAGCAGAAAUAGAUACCAGACUGUGUUUUAAAUGCCAGACUUGUUUUUCUACAUUACCCGGAACUAUCCAAAUUGUUGCAUGAUCCAAGUGCCACAAAAGACAAUUUAUAUGUACAUGAGGCAUGUGGAAAAAAAAAAGAGAACAUUUAGAGAAAUACCUUUAACGUUGAUUAGACAAUAUUACAUAUCAAAAUAGCAUUGGAUAUAUUCAUAUAGCAAUAACAGUGUUACUGUAGUAAGGAAAUGUUAACAUUAUAUUCAUUCAUGCAUGUAUGUUAUAGACGACCGCUUUCCCAUAAUGUUCAUUUAUUGAAUAUAUAUUCUUUUAGGUAAAAAAUGUUACAAUGCAACUACUGUAUAGAUAAUUGCAAGGUUAGUGAAUUGUUGUAUAAUUUGUUACAAAGUUGAUGAUGAAUGUUUACACAUCCGAAUAUAUCUUCACAUUAUUAACCACAUUAACAUUUAAAGCAAUAAUAAAUCAUGUUGAUUUUUUUUUUCAUGUGUCUUUUCUGCAUUAUUAUUCAAGUAGACUUCUACAUUAUUUAUGUAUUUGCAUCUGCAGAACAGAGGUUGAUUUGAAUCAAUAUUUAAGUAAUUGAAAGAAGAUAUUCUCAUUACUGUUUGAUUAACAAAUAGCAAAUAGUUCGUUGUCUGAACUGGCACAUGGUUACACUAGUUUUCCCUAUUAAGGAGCACAUUGAAAGAAAUAAGCUAGUUGUUAACUCAAUAACAGUUGAAUUUUUCUGAUGUUAAGAAAAAAAUACAUCAUGUUGACUGUUUUUUUUCUUAAAUAUUGAACCUGUAUAACAUUGGUUUUAGUAGACUAGUGUACUACAUGAGAACUAGUGUACUACACCUGAACUAGUGUACUACAUUAGAACAUUGUACUACACCUGAUCUAUGUACUAUACUGAUCUAGUGUACUACAUGAGAACUAGGGUACUACACCUGAUCUGUGUACUAUACUGAUCUAGUGUACUACAUGAGAACUAGUGUACUGCACCUGAUCUGUGUUCUAUACUGAUCUAGUGCACUACAUGAGAACUAGUGUACUACACCUGAACUAGUGUACUACACCUGAUCUGUGUACUAUACUGAUCUAGUGCACUACAUGAGAACGAGUGUACUACACCUGAUCUGUGUACUAUACUGAUCUAGUGUACUACAUGAGAACAAGUGUACUACACCUGAUCUAUGUGCUAUACUGAUCUAGUGUACUACAUGAGAACUAGUGUACUGCACCGGAUCCAGUCUACAACACCAAAACUAGUGUACUACAUCUGAACUAGUGUACUACAUGCAUCAUAUUUUGCAAAACAUUGACUUGUUGUUGUUGUUCUCGACAUUCCAGCAUGACAUUUAUGGUUGUUACAUUUUAUGUAUAAAAUUCAUCAAGUUGUAGACUUUAGUGCAAUGAAGUAUAUGUGACAGAGAAAGUAAAUAUAUUAUACAUAUUGUUUUUAUAUACACAAAUUAUUUGUCAUCAAAUAUGAUUUGUAAACUUCUUGUAUUUAAGUCAGCUUAAAAUUGCUUCAGUGCUUUAAUAUGUUGCAUAUAUGUAAAAUGUUUUUGUUACUGCAGCUUGCAUUUUUAGUGGCAUUCUUUUGAGAGACCCUUUACAAAAAGUAUACCAGUUCUUGUGGAAUAUAUAUUAAGCAAUAUUAAGUCAGCAAAAAGAUUUUUCUGUACAUAUUCAUACAGUUAUUAGGCAAGAUGUUUACCAAUGAAUACUCCAGAUAUCUGGACCUGCAUUCGUUAAAUCCAGUCUCCAAGUUACAUUUUAAAUUUCAGUCAAAUAUACCUUGUUAUCAUAUUUUAGUAAAACAGCACAGAUUACAUGAAACUUUGCAUAUUACUGAUACUUACAAGUUCAGGUUCUGCAAAGUUUCAGCAAAAUAGACAAAACUAAAGUGAACUUUAUCAUUUGACUUUCUUCUGUCAAUAAUACCCUGAUUUUAUUUUAUUUGUACUUGACUAAAAAGACGUCUUAAGUAAGCAGAUUGCUUGGAAACAAGACUCUCAAGGACAACAUGGUUCUCAGUGAAUAACAUAUGGCUACUUUAUUUAGCUGGCACUAAAUAGUAUGCUGAAUAUAUUGUACUUUAUAAAAGGUGAAAUGACUACACUAUAUUAUUAUAUACACUUGUAACCAUGGAUACAGAGUAGCUGUAUAAAGAUAUGUAUUCUAUAUGUUAAAAAGGCUCUAUAAAGUGUAUUGUGAUAUAUCACCCACCCAGCCCCUAACUUUCGCCUCCCAUUUGACAUUGCUGUCUCUGUUUUUUUAUUUGUGUGUCCCAUGUUGAAUGACGUGUUUUGUAUAUCUUUCAGUUUAUACGUGUAUGUAUACAGUGUUUUUUUAUUCCUAUGUCCCAUGAUGAAUGGUGUGUUUUGUAUAACUUUCAGUUUAUACAUGUAUGUAUAUGGUAGUUUUAUGAUAUGUUUGAAAUAUGUUUGUUCAUUUAUUAUAUGAUAUGAAGUGAUCACUGAGGCAAUGUGCAAUGUGUUUUGAGUAAAGAAAACAUAAAGCUCUUACCUCGAAGGUGACAGUUUGAUAUAGAGGCUUGUAUAGCUUCUUGCUUGCUUGCUUGCUUGCUUAUAAAUUGUUCAGUCACUUUGAUCUACAUUACAGGUUAACAAAUGCAUAAAUCCUUUCAAGGAAAUGAAACGUUCUAUUGUUAAGAUAGACUGAAAUGUCAUAGAUUUAAAGUUAGUAACAUAAAAUUUUGAAAAAGAAGGUUGCAUUUUACUUUUUUGCAGUUUUUUUUUUCCAUUUAACAAGAACAAAUUCUGUUUCCAAGAAUUUAUAAUAAUCAAACAGUAAAAUGAGACAGCUGAUAUUUUAUAUUUCACAUGUUUGAUUGAUUCUCCGAGUUUGUCUUGUAGGUUGUAAAUGUGUUGCAUCCUCAUCUUAUAUCUGUGUAUUAAGAUGUUCUGGGAGUUCUUGAGUUAUAUCAGUACUUGACUUCUAAGUGAACUGAUAAAAAUGAAAGAUAUUUGAAAUUACCAGAUAUAUUUCACUGUGUCCGGAAAAAUCAUAUACAGGUAGUAUGAUCUGUAAUAAUUGUGCCCAGACAUUUUUGUCAACUCUUUUGUAAAAUUUAAUAGUAAUUUACAUAUAAAGAUAUUGAAUCAUUUCAUAUACAUUUCUAUACUUGAGUAGUACAGAAGUAAAGGCAAGUCUGUAUGUAAUAUUUCAGUACUUUUUUACUGUAGUAAAAUCAUUUCUAAAAUUGACUGUUCCAUCAUUCAGUUUGGGCGGUACCAGUUAUUUUUCGAAGGGGUGCUCACUGAAAAAUUACUAACUGAAUAGCGAACAGUGCAGACCAUGAUCAGCCUGCACAGACACAGACAUCUUGGUCUGCACUGGUCGCAAAGGCAGAAUCACUUGCCGCCAGCAGGCUGAUCUUGGUCUGCACUGGUCGCAAAGGCAGAAUCACUUGCCGCCAGCAGGCUGACCUUGGUCUGCACUGGUCGCAAAGGCAGAAUCACUUGCCGCCAGCAGGCUGAUCUUGGUCUGCACUGGUCACAAAGGCAGAAUCACUUGCCGCCAGCAGGUUAAAGGUUCAUCGAGUUGGCAUAAUGUUUCUGUGGUUUUGUCACGAUUUCCAGGAAUUAACAAACCCACAAAUCCCACAAAAACUUUGAGCUCAGCAAUGAUUACACAUUGUAUUUUGAAUGAAUGGAGAUUGUGUAUAACAUGUUUAUAUUUGGGCAAACACAAGAUACAGGUCUCUGACAUGAUGUACCGUAUUACAUGUUUAUAGAAUGUUAUAUUGUUGACUGAUUAAUGCAUGUUUUAAUAGCAAUAUAUUAUGUCUUCGUUUUUGUAAAAUACAUGUAUAUAAUAAUGCAGAAUAUUUAUGUUAUAAACAGAUAAAACAUUCUAUUUAAAUAAUAAUAAAGCUUGCUAUUAUAAUAAA